GGACUCUGUCCCCAGGCCCGGCCAUGGCUCCGUUGCGCUUCUCGGCGAACCUGUCAUGGUUGUUCCCCGAGCUUCCCGGCCUCCCCGCGCGGCUCAGGGCCGCGAGCAGCGCGGGCUUCGAGGCCGCCGAGGUGGCCUUCCCGUACGCGGAGCCGCCGGCGCGCGCGGUGCGGGAGGCGGGAUUGCGGCUGGUGCUGAUCAACACGCCCCCGGGAGACCAAGAGAAAGGGGAAAUGGGCCUGGGGGCCGUACCCGGGAGGCAGGCGGCCUUCCGAGAGGGGCUGGAACAAGCUGUGCUCUAUGCCAAGGCCCUGGACUGCCCCAGGAUUCACCUGAUGGCUGGCCGUGUACCCCAGGGGGCUGAUCGAACAGCUGUCAGGAGUGAAAUGGAGGCAGUUUUUCUGGAGAACCUGAGGCAUGCAGCUGGGGUUUUGGCUCAGGAGAACCUCGUGGGACUGCUGGAGCCCAUUAACACUCGCAUCACUGACCCCCGGUACUUCCUGGAUACCCCCCAGCAGGUGGCAGCCAUCUUACAGAAGGUUGGAAGACCCAACCUCAAGUUACAAAUGGACAUAUUCCACUGGCAGAUCAUGGAUGGGAACCUGACAGGAAACAUCCGGGAGUUCCUGCCCAUUGUUGGACAUGUGCAGGUGGCACAGGUCCCAGGCCGGGGGGAACCUGACAGCCCUGGAGAGCUGAACUUCCCCUACCUAUUCGAGCUGCUGGAAGAUGAAGGCUACAAAGGCUUUGUGGGCUGCGAGUACCGGCCCCAAGGUGAGGGGUCAGGUGAGGGGUGGCAUGAGGCUCCAGGCUUGGCCCCGGCGAAGGGGCACUUAAGGGACAGUUAUUGGAUAGGGGCUGUUUUUCUCCUCCUGGGUUGAGAUGCUGCUGCCUCCCUCUCCCGACAGGAGACACCAUAGAGGGCUUGAGGUGGCUACGUUUGUACUGGGACAGGCAGGGCCGUCCACAGGCUGGCCACUGAGGUCCUGUACACCACCCACAAGCCUCUGGGACAGCGGGCAUCCUGUGUCUCCUCUGAAUUAAAGACAACCUGCUGAACAUUU